UUCUCUUCUUCUGAGAGUGCUCAACCCCAAUCACUAAUUAGAUCUCUACCUCUACUUUCUCUCUCCUCGAGAGGUUUCAACGUUACAGCUACUCGCCAUGGCAAUGGCGAUUAGGGUUUCUCUUCUUUUCUUACUCUUCCUUUCUUCUUCUUUCCUCGUUUUCUCUCUCUAUGAAGAUCAAGUUGGUCUCAUGGAUUGGCAUCAGCAAUACUUAGGGAAAGUAAAGCAAGCUAUUUUCCAUACUCAAAAGGCAGGAAGGAAAAGGCUUGUGGUUUCUACUGAAGAGAGUAUCAUCGCUUCUCUCGAUCUUCGUCGAGGCGAGAUUUUUUGGAGGCAUGUGCUUGGGGAGAACGAUCGAAUUGAUCAUAUUGAUAUCGCGCUUGGAAAAUAUGUCAUUACACUCUCAUCAGAGGGAAGCAUCGUUAGAGCAUGGAACCUUCCCGAUGGGCAGAUGGUGUGGGAGUCAUUCCUUGCUGGCAAGAAACCCUCAGAAUCAUCUUUAUUGACAGUGGUUGAUUUGAAGGUGGAGCGUGAUAAUGUAAUUCUUGUUUAUAGUAAUGGUUUUCUCCACGCAGUUUCAAGUGUAGAUGGAGCAAGUUUAUGGGAUAUGGAAUUAGAAAGUGUGGAACUUCAACAGCUUAUCAAGCCUGUCAGUGGUGAUGUCAUGUAUGCUGUAGGAUUUUCAGGCUCCUCUAAGUUACAUGCAUAUGGAAUCAAUAUCAAAACUGGUGAGGUGCUCAAGCAAGAUGUUGUGGACUUUCCUGGAGGCUUCUCUGGGGAGAUAUCUCUUGUUUCCAGUGAGACAUUAGUAGCUCUGGAUGCUCAGCGGACAUUACUGGUUAUAAUAAGCUUAAAAGAUGGGAAAGUCGGUAUUUGGAAGGUGCAUAUAAAUGAUCUUGCUCCUCAAUUUUCUGGAAGAGCAGCCAUAUUACCGUUAAAAUUGGAAGGGAUGUUCGCCAUUAAAUGCAGUUCAUACACAAUGUUUUUAAGAGUGAAUGACAAAAGCGAGGUUGAGGUUGUUGACAAAAUCGAGGAUUUUGCAGCUGUCAGUGAUGCCAUUUUAUUCACAGAAGAGCAGAAAGCUUUUGGAAUUGUUCAGCAAGGGAAUACCAAAAUGCAUCUCACUGUGAAGGUCGGUCAUGAUUAUAGCACCGAUCUCCUGAAAGAAAGCAUUGAGAUUGAUCACAAUCGAGGGCAGGUUCAGAAGGUUUUUAUAAACAAUUAUCUACGAACUGACAGAUCUUAUGGUUUUAGAGCAUUGGUUGUUAUGGAAGAUCACUCUUUAUUAUUAUUGCAACAAGGCAAUAGUGUUUGGAGCAGAGAAGAUGGACUUGCUUCCAUUGUAGAUGUAACAACUUCAGAGCUACCCUUGGAAAAGAAAGGUGUAUCAGUUGCCAAAGUAGAGCAGGGUCUUCUUGAGUGGCUGAAGGGACACUUGUUGAAGCUUAAAGGGACUCUGAUGCUUGCAAGCCCUGAAGAUGUGGCUGCCAUCCAGGCCUUGAGGUUAAAAAGUUCCGAAAAGAGCAAGUUGACCCGAGAUCAUAAUGGCUUUAGGAAGUUGCUAAUAGUGCUGUCUAAAGCAGGCAAAGUUUAUGCAUUGCAUACUGGAGAUGGACAUGUUGUUUGGUCCGUUUUUUUGCCUAAUUUGCGAAAGUCUGAGACAUGUGAAAACCCUGUCGCUCUUAACCUGUACCAGUGGCAGGUUCCUCAUCAUCAUGCUAUGGAUGAAAAUCCAGCUGUUCUAGUUGUUGGCCGCUGUGGAAAUCAAAUUGAUUCCCCUGGCAUUCUUUCAAUUGUUGACACCUACUUGGGGAAGGAGCUUAACUCUUUGGGAUUAACCCAUUCUAUUGUCGAUGUCAUGGCAUUGCCAUUUGCAGAUUCAACAGAAAAGCGUCUUCAUCUAAUAGUUGAUGCAGUUAACAAUGUGCAUUUAUACCCUAAGACACCUGAAGCUGCUGCCAUCUUUCAGAGAGAAUUAUCUAAUGUGUAUUGGUACUCUGUUGAUGCUGAAAACAACUUGCUGAGAGGACACACAAUAAAGAGCAAUUGCAUGAGCGAGCUAGCUGAUGAAUUUUGCUUCAGCUCGAGGGAUCUGUGGUCAAUUAUACUUCCUUCAGACUCAGAAAAGAUCAUUGCAACUGCUGCUAGGAAAGCAAGUGAGGUGGUACACACUCAGGCUAAAGUAAUGGCAGAUCGAAAUGUGAUGUACAAGUAUAUUUCCAAAAAUCUAUUAUUUGUCGCUACUGUUGCACCCAAAGCUGCGGGUGAAAUUGGAUCGGUGACCCCAGAUGAGUCAUGGUUGGUUUGUUACCUUAUAGAUAUGGUGACUGGUCGGAUAUUACACCGUGUGAUGCAUCAUGGUUCACAGGGUCCUGUCCGUGCAGUAUUUAGUGAGAACUGGGUGGUCUACCAUUAUUUUAAUCUCAGGGCCAAUCGAUAUGAGAUGUCAGUGAUUGAGAUCUAUGAUCAAUCCCGAGCGGACAACAAGAAUAUUUGGAAGCUAAUUAUCGGAAAGCAUAAUCUUACCCUGCCAGUUUCUUCUUACUCUCGACCAGAAAUCAUGACGAAAUCACAAACUUAUUUUUUCACCCAUUCUGUAAAGACAAUCUCUGUAACAUUGACGGCGAAAGGAAUAACUUCAAAACAGCUUCUUAUAGGAACUAUUGGGGAUCAGGUUUUGGCUCUUGACAAGCGCUUUCUGGAUCCUCGUCGGUCUGCAAAACCAACUCCAACAGAAUUGGAAGAUGGAAUUAUACCUCUUACAGAUUCAUUACCUAUCAAUCCACAGUCUUAUAUAACACACUCUUUGAAAGUGGAAGGUCUAAGAGGCUUACUUUCUGUACCGGCCAAGCUAGAGUCCACUACCCUCGUCUUUGCAUAUGGAGCUGAUUUGUUUUUGACCCGCCUUGCUCCCUCAAGAACUUAUGACUCCCUCACAGAGGACUUCAGCUACGCGUUACUUCUCUUAACCAUUGUUGUGCUUGUUGCAGCAAUCUUUGUCACCUGGAUCUUGUCUGAGCGAAAAGAUCUGAGAGAUAAGUGGAGAUGAUUCCCUUGUUUCUUGCUUCUUCUCAUUUUGCAUUUUCUUUGAACAAUGUUUACACUUGUAACUUCUAACAAAUUUUGUAGCAUAAUUGUUUCGAGAUAGCUCGUCAUGGUUGUAUAUCUAGAAUUGCUGGAGGGUCUUUUACUAAAUUAUAUGUGGUUACAUUGCUAAACCAAAUUGUAGUUAGACGUCACCAUGUCUUUUUGACAUCAAAAUUCAUUAGGUUGACAUUAUCUGGAGUUUCUUUGAAGUCCGGUUACGCUUAUUUAUUCUCCAUUCUUGCCAA